AUGGAUGCGGGCAUAGGAAGUGUGAGAGUGCUUGCACCAGAUCCCUUACGCAAUUUUUUUUUUGUUUUCUAUGUUUCUCAGUUUGUGAUCACCAUCUAUUCCUCUCCUCCGGUUUCUUCUGUGGGGUUCUCUCUCAAAUCAGUCAAAGGGCUGCAUAGAUGCAAUAAAAGUUGCAGGCUGAGAUGGACUAAUUACCUUAGGCCUGGGAUCAAACGUGGUAACUUUACUGACCAUGAGGCGAAGAUGAUCAUCCACCUUCAAGCUCUUUUGGGCAAUAGUUGUUUAGCAUCUCUGCUGCUGAGCUUUGAAAGUUUCGAAAAGCUUUUGCUUAAAUGGAGGUUGUUUUGUUAAGGCUUUUGGAAGAAUGGAUGCAGCAGAUUUUUUGCAAGGAUAUUAUCUUCAUGUGUAUUUUUGUGAUGAGUUGUAAUCUUUAAUUUCAUAAGUUUAAUUUGGUUUGUGUAUUAUUUUUUGUAAUGGUUUGUAAGAGAUUAUAUUUCCUUUCCUUGGUUGGUUGGUUAAAUGUGUGAAUGUGAGAUUCAUUUAGUUUAGAAAUUUAGAUUGGAAUGAUGGAUUUU